AGACAGAGAGAGAAAGAGAGAGACUGAGAGAGAGACAGAAGGUAACUGGGUAAAAUCAAAGAAAUGGACAAAUCAGCGAGUAGAAAGUGCACAGGGAGAGAGCGAGAGAGAUAGAGACUCAGAGGGAGAGAGAGAACCUGUAGCCUGAAGCAUUACCACAGUGCUGCAACACAGGAUAGAGGGACUCUGAGGAACUGACCUCAGCACCUGGGAACACGUCCAGUUUAUCGAUGCGCCUAUGAUCUCUCGCUGAUGUGUCUUCACUUGAAUGCAUGUUGCUCUCCGGGUUUCAUUAUCACAUCAAGUUCAUUUUAACUGAACAAGGAGGGGCUUCUACCCGAUCCCCAGCAUACAUCAGAUAAGGCCACACGGGUGGUGCAUUAACAACCUGGCCUCCAAAGCUUCAUCCUCAAUUGACUCAGAAUGGAUUUUGUCUUUAGUUCCACAAUUUCUACGGCGUGUCAAGACUUUAACCUGUCGUUCAUCGGUCAACAGGAUCGUAACUUGACGUCUCCGUCUCCUCACAACCCACCAAACUUUGGGUUGUCUUACUUCACCAUGAGCUUCGGGAUAUUGUCUAAUUUAAUCGGCCUGGCCAUCGUGUUGGCGUCGUACGCCCGCUUUCACCACCGAGCUAAGACGCCGUUUCUGCUGCUUGCUGCCGCGCUCCUUCUGAGUGACCUGGCGGGUCAUUUGGUCACCGGCGCUUUAGCCUUGCACCUGCACCUCGGAAGAGUCAGGAGGCAACGAGCUGCAAGCAGGGAGCCGAGUGAACCCCCUCAGGCUUUCUGUAAACUCUUUGGUGCCUGCAUGGUCUUUUUCGGCUUGACUCCUCUCCUUUUGGGAAGCGCCAUGGCCGUGGAGCGCUGCAUGGGCAUCACACAACCGCUCCAGCACUCUGCCAUGGCUACAACGGCUCACGUCCGCCUCAGUGUCCUCCUGCUCAUCACCAUGGCCUUUACUCUAGCGGCACUGCCUUUGCUCAACAUAGGAACGUAUGAACCUCAGUUCCCUGGUACCUGGUGCUUCCUUCCUGUUCAUGGCGCUCUCUCGAGUGCUGAUGCCGGCCUGGCCUUGGCCUUCUCAAGCGUGGGCCUGUCAGCUUUAACAGUCUCUGUACUGUGCAAUGCUGUGAGUGGGAUGACGUUGCUGCAAGCCAGGUUUAACAACCAAAGCGCAAAGCUGACCGCCUCCAGGAGACGCAGAUCGUCUAGAUCACCUGUGCAUUCACUGGAUGUGGAGAUGAUGGUGCAGCUCGUGGUCAUAACCAUUGUGUCCUCUGUCUGCUGGAGUCCCUUUCUCAUUUACAUCUCCAUGUCAGUGAGACAGUUCUACAGAGGCGAAACCCACUCAGACCCCCAUUAUGAGCAACUGCUGCUGCUGGGUUUGAGGAUGGCCUCCUGGAACCAGAUCCUGGACCCAUGGGUGUACAUCCUCCUGAGACGGGCCGUGCUGCGGAGAGUGUGCAGUCUGCUUCGGCCCAGCAGGGUCAUUUUAACCCAGAGCAACUCAUGUGGGAGUUCGGAGCGACAGGAAAUCCAUUUGCACUGACUUUGCUGCGCUCGCACAAUGUCCACAAGGCCCAGAAGUGGCUCUUAAAAUCGCUACUGUGGCAUUAAAACGGCGAUUCACCCCGAUCGUGUUCCUGUGUGCCAGCUUACAGCCUGGUUCAUUUCCAAAUCUUACAAGCAUCAUGCAUGCCUUCAUGAGAAAAGUGAACAUGGUCUGGAACCCAAAGAUUAGCUCUGAUAUUUAGUGCUGAUUUAUUGAAUCAUCUGUCUGAACUACAAUCGACUUAAAAAAACGAUUGGCACCCCUGUCGGGACCAUGAGCAAAACUAAUUACUCUAUAUUGACAAAAGUAUUGGGACACCUGACCAUAAGAUUCCUAUCUUCUUUUGGAACAACAAAUUCCACACUGAGUCCCCAUUUGCUGUUAUAAUAACCUCCACUCUUCUGCUCCACUGUUAGUAAA